UUUGUAUUCAAUCGCUUCUAUGAGCGGAUCUAAAGCCUUUCUCCUGAGCUUGUUGUUGUUCGCAUCACAAGAACCAAACCUGAAAAGGGUACCCUCAGAGUUGGAUGUGUCGAAACGCGGCCGUUGACCAGCCAACCUCCACAGAAUCCGCUUCUCUUUUGGGCUGGACACUUCUGGUUUGAUCGUCUGCUCAGGAUUUGAGAAGUUCUUUCGCUAAUUUUUUCUACGCACCAUUUUCUUCGUGUUUCUCGGUGCUGGCUGUGCCGGCGUUGCCGUAUAUGUCCGUCGACUGGCAGCAUGCGCUGGAAACGCAAGCACUAGUUGUCUUGCAUGUCACACUCAACGGCCGAUUGGCCGAAUCGACACUUUUCCUCAUUUUACACUCUUCUUCGUUUCCUGCCGCGAGUCCUUUGUUUCUUGAUUCCUCGCUGCUUUUGACAGAUCGUCUAAGGGAAAAAACCCCUCAUGGUUCUGCUGCUGCCACGAACGUCGUUUCGCAACCCGGCAACCGCUGCCAUCUGUUUAAUCCCUGAGUUUCGCUUCCGGUCCUCUCAAGCUCACCAGUUGAAGUUUUUUAGAAUCCCAGGAGACCAAAGGACUUCUUUUCCUUCUUCACAAGGGUUGGUUUCUUCGUCCCAGUGGGUUCUGCCCAGGUAUUCAGCGCGAUCAUCGGCCUCCUUAGCUGUCAUUUCGGCGUCAAAGAGUGCAGCGCCACGGCUGCUGAAGUAUCGACCAUCUGCCCGCUUUUCUUCGCGACUGUCUGUCGUUUCAAGAGGGCUCUCUUUCCUGCGUACUCCAAACGGUUCAGCCUCUUCCCCUCUUCCAUCGUCUGUCAACAGCGGACCUACCGUAGAGAAUUUCAGGACGAAAUCGGACGCAACCAUGGCGUCUCCGUGUGCUACAACCUUCGAGCCUCUCCCAGAGCGCCCAGAUUUCCCGAAGGAGGAAGAACGAAUUCUAGCGGAGUGGAAGGAUCGCAACACUUUCAAACGCUCCGUGGAACUCUCCAAGGGAAAACCAAUCUUCACGUUCUACGACGGCCCCCCCUUCGCCACCGGGCUUCCGCACUACGGCCAUAUUCUUGCCGGAACCAUCAAGGACGUAGUGACUCGCUACGCUCACCAGACGGGGCACUAUGUGGACCGUCGCUUCGGGUGGGACUGCCACGGGUUGCCUGUCGAGUUUGAAAUUGACAAGAGCCUCGGCAUCACUAGUCGCCAUGAAAUCGUUGAAAUGGGCAUCGACAAGUACAACGACAAAUGCAGGUCCAUCGUCAUGCGCUACGCGAGCGAAUGGCGCAGCGUCAUCGAGCGCAUGGGGCGAUGGAUUGAUUUCGACAACGACUACAAGACACUGGACACGCGUUUCAUGGAGAGCGUCUGGUGGGUGUUUAAGCAGCUUUUCGACAAAGGCUUGGUUUACCGCGCAAACAAGAUCAUGCCUUUCUCCACCGCGUGCAGCACUCCCUUGUCGAACUUCGAAGCAAACCAGAAUUACAAAGACGUGAAGGACCCGUCCAUCGUCAUCGCCUUCUCGUGCGUCGAGGAGAACGGCGGAGUGCCCCUCGAGUUCCUCGCGUGGACGACAACGCCCUGGACGCUGCCAUCCAACCUUGCACUCUGCGUCAACCCCGAACUGACUUACAUUCAAAUUCGCAACAAAGAGACGAAAAAAGACUGGGUCCUAUGCGAAUCGCGCCUAGACUGGCUCUUGAAGCAACUCAAAAUGGAUCUCGCGAAGGACUUUGAGGUCGUCGACCGUUUCCCCGGCGCGGCGCUGAAAGGCAAAAAGUACCAACCUCUCUUUGACUUUUUCAACAAGGAACCCCGCAAAGAUGAGAACAUCGUCACCUUCAGGGGCACGGCCUUCCGGGUCGUCGCGGACGCCUACGUUUCAGACGACUCUGGUACUGGCAUCGUCCAUUGUGCGCCUGCCUUUGGUGAGGACGACUUCCGAGUGUGCAUGGAGCAGGGAAUUAUUGUGCAGGGCGGACAGCUGCCGUGUCCAGUUGACGACAACGGGGUGAUGACGGCGGAGGUCGGUCCCGAGUUGAGCAACCUGUACAUCAAAGAGGCAGACAAAGUGGUGAAGAAACUUUUGAAGGCCGCCGACCGCCUUGUGGUGAACGCUGACUGCGUCCACGCCUACCCGCACUGUUGGCGGAGUGACACACCGCUGAUUUAUCGCGCCGUGCCUUCGUGGUUCGUUCGCGUCGAACAUAUGCGCGAGCGGCUAGUUGAAGCAAACGAACAAACCUACUGGGUGCCUUCUUUCGUCAAAGAAAAACGCUUCAAGAACUGGCUGGCUGAGGCCCGCGACUGGUGCGUGUCGCGAAACCGGUUCUGGGGAACUCCCAUUCCCCUCUGGACCAGCGAAGACUUCUCCCAAAUCGUCUGCAUCGGCAGCCUCGAAGAACUGCACAAAUACACAGACAAGAGGUUGACCGACAUCCAUCGCCAUUUCAUCGACGACAUCACGAUUCCUGACCCGCGAGGCCCGAGCUUCCCGCCUUUGAGGCGCGUUCCCGAGGUUUUCGACUGCUGGUUCGAGAGCGGGUCCAUGCCCUACGGCCAGAUCCACUAUCCCUUCGAGAAUGCAGAAACGUUUGAGAAAGGCUUUCCGGCAGACUUCAUCGCCGAGGGGCUCGACCAGACGCGAGGGUGGUUCUACACUCUCAUGGUGAUUAGCACGGCGCUCUUUGACCGUCCACCCUUCCAAAAUCUCAUUGUGAAUGGUCUCGUGCUCGCGGCAGAUGGGAGAAAGAUGAGCAAACGACUGAAGAACUAUCCAGAUCCGACUGAAGUCGUCCAUGCCCAUGGAGCGGACGCCUUGCGAGUCUACCUCGUCAACUCCCCCGUUGUGAAGGCAGAGGCGCUUCGCUUCCGAAUCGAAGGUGUGAAGGACGUCGUCAAAGACGUUUUUCUGCCCUGGUUUCAUGCAUGCAGAUUCCUCAUUCAGGAAGUCAUUCGCUACGAAUCUGCUGGAGACCGGAAGUUCGAGCCGUGCAAAGCCUCGGCGCUUAUCUCCAAAGGCAACAGCAUGGAUCGGUGGAUCAUCUCCUCGACGCAGUCCCUGGUCAAGUUUUUCCACCAAGAAAUGAAGGCCUAUCGCCUCUACACGGUUGUCCCGCGACUCCUCCAUUUCCUGGAUCAACUGACGAACUGGUACGUGAGGCUGAACCGCGACCGCAUGCGCGGCACCAUGGGCGAAGAAGAAGCAGCGACCUCCCUGCAAACUCUGUUCGACGUUCUCUUGACAACUGUCUUGUGCAUGGCGCCUCUCACGCCGUUCAUGUCGGAGCUGCUGUAUCGCAACUUGAAGCGCGCGCUGCCUGAAAGUCACCCGCUGCUCGCCGAGAGCGUCCACUUCCUCACGAUCCCUGAGGCCGCGGAAGACGCGCUCGACAGCACUAUUGAGCGACAGAUGGGUCGCAUGCAGACGGUCAUCAACCUUGGGCGCGCCAUGCGCGAGAGACAACGGGUGCCUGUCAAAACGCCUGUGCGGUGCCUCACGGUCUUCCACGCUGACACCGAAUACAACAGCGACAUUCGCGAACUCGAAGCCUAUGUGAAGGAGGAGUUGAACGUGCUUGACUUGAACGUCAGCAGCGACAUGAGCGGGAUCCAGCUGUCGGCAACGCCGAACUUCAAAACGUUGGGGGCGAGGCUCGGAAAGGACAUGCGCGCGGUCCAGGAAGCAGUGAAGAAUUUGUCGCAUGCAGAGUUGGUGGCAUUCGAGAAAACGGCUCGGUUGGAAGUUCUCGGCGGCAAAUACGUUCUCGGCGCCGACGACUUGACGCUGCGCAGGACGCUGAACACCGGCGACAAAGCUGAUCCGAACCUCGUGGUCGAGGGUGACAACUCUGUCGUCGUCCUCAUGGACUUCACGCUGGACGACUCUCUGCAGCGAAAGGCCUUGGCGCGCGAGGUGGCGAAUCGCGUCCAGAAACUCCGAAAACAGCACAACCUAAGUCAAACCGACGAUGUGAAGAUGCAUGCAUUCAGCGAAGACUCAGAGUUCCAAGCGAUGCUGCAGGAAGAGUCUGCCUACAUUUGCGCCUGCCUUCGCCGAGGCCUGCACUUGGAAAAUCCUCUGGGCGAGGCAAACGGCGUGGAGAAAAGCCAUCAGACAGUCUGCCGCGAGGUCCUGGAAGUUGGAGGCAAGCCUCUGACAAUUCACUUCCUACGACAGUAGAAACUCGAGACAUAGCAGGAAGAAGCUCUUCUCUUCCUUAAAGAGCAGAAGGACAAGAGACGGAAAUAAGCGGUGUUUCGCUUCCUUCGCCAGUAAACGUCUCUGUACAGGUGCUCCGCAAAGUCCAGAAUUCGAUAGCUCGAGUGGAGGAAGCAAAGACGAGCAGAAGAGGAACGCCGUCUCUGCUUCGACAGGCGGAGACGUAUAGAGGACUAGAGGAACGAUCUCUUCGCCUCGCCGCGACAGGCGUAGACGCAGUGGGGAAGAAUGGCGUGUGUAGAAAGAAGAGGAAAGCGGGGGAAGGGGAGGACUUGGCAGGAAGGUGAAAAAACGUUAAUAGCCUUUGGCCGCUUGCCAGGCACCGUCACAGCCGGCCUCGAACGGUGUGUGUACGACGCGAACGCGUUUUGCUCACAUGCACUUGUGAAGAUGCGUCUAUAGAUCCUCUGUUCCGCAGCCGGAUUUCAAAUCGGAUGCCGACGCAACACUGGAGAGACAGGAACCUGUGGGCUACGCAAACGACGAAAGAUCGCGUUUUGCAGGUGGUGACGUAGCUGAAUGUUUUCGUUUUUUGUGUUGUCAACAACAACUGAACGCGCUGCUGCCUCACAGACCUGGAAUUUCCUUU